GUAAACAUAUGUCACAUGACUGCAGGCGGAAGCAGACUCAAAGUAAUAUUAGUAACGUUACAAGAUGGCUACGCCGUCGGGAGGAGGCGAUUCAGUCUUUUUAACAGUACUUUCCUGGGGAUAUUUUGUCUCAAUGAAGAUGAAGGACAAACCACACAGACAAUCGGUAAUGGAACUGAUCAGGUACUAGAACUGGGAAAAAGAUUACUGACAGAUUUCAUCUACGAGCGGGUUCGUCGCCAUGCUGACAGCAGUACUCAGUUGUCAGUGUUACAGGUCCAGUUGGGCGGGAGUGAGCUGUGUGACCCCAACCACAAGAAACUGGCCCAGUGCCUGCAGCAGAUUGGAGAUGAGCUGGAUGGCAAUACACAACUCCAAAGUAUGAUAAAUGAUACUGCACUCCAGCCCAGCCAGGAGGUUUUUAUGAGAGUGGCCUGUGAGAUCUUCUCUGAUGGGAAGUUCAACUGGGGCAGGGUGGUGGCACUCUUCUACUUUGCCUGUCGGCUGGUCAUCAAGGCUCUGUUGACCAAGGUCCCCGACAUCAUCAGAACCAUUAUCAGCUGGGCCACAGACUACCUGCGAGAUCAUGUGAUCACCUGGAUUAGGGAGCAGGGUGGCUGGGAGGGAAUCCGUUCCUACUUUGGCACUCCCACCUGGCAGACCGUGGGGGUGUUCCUCGCUGGAGUUCUUACCACUGUGCUGGUCAUCCGCAGGAUGUGAGGGGGAGGAGAGCCUGAGAGAAGAAAGGACAAAGAGGGAGGGACAUAAGACUGGGAGGAGAACUAGGUAGUAGAGACAGACCUGAUGUGAGGGUAAAUGGGAAGUGUUUCUGGGGAAGGAAAAGGUGAGGAAAAAUAGAGUUGGGAAUGGAAAAACAGCUACGUUUGGACCUGAUCAACCACUCCUCUUUCCUGCCCUCCAUCCAUGGCAAAGGAUCAAGUCAGAUUCAAAGUUCUUCUUACCUCUGUUCCCUACACCGCUGAAAAUGUGAGCGGCUCUUGACCGCACAUACAGGAGAGAAAGAUGGAAAGAGAUGUAUAGAGACUCGGCCAGGGCACAUCUUUGAAUUAAUUUAUUUCUUACAAACAAACAAGUCGCUGCAUGACAUUUUGUUGCUUAAGUCUUAUGACAUGAACUGAUGACAUUAAAUCCCCCCCCCCAGGUUAGCCAUGAGAAUCUCCUAUGCUUUCCUGCUGUGCUUUAUUUCUGUUGCACUUCUCCCAUUGAGUCUCUCCUUUUUCCUAUCUGAUCAUUCUCUCCAGCCGUCUUCAUUGUAUCUCUUUGCUAGAGUAUGCAUUUUGGGGUGUGUGUCUGUGAGCAUCUAUGUGUGAUCAUAGGCUCAACAGAUGUUCCAGGUACGCGUGUGUGUGUGCGCGCAAUUCUACUGCACACACACAGCACUGUCCUCCUCUCACAGAUGUUUACCUCUCUCUCUCAGCAUAGUGUUCAAAGUACUGUAUUCUAUGGUGGGCUAUUUAAAAGUAGACUAUACCAUAAUCCUUCACAAUCAAAUGCUCUUUUUAUACACCUUGUUAAUGUGUUAACAAAUAAGGGAACCUUUUCUUAUUUCUUUUAAGUUGUCAGUGCCUUCGUCCUUUUUUACAUUUCUACAAUAAAUUGCUUUGAUAUUGUUCAAAUUUUUCACUUUUUCUAUAAAUCUUUUGUAAAACUCUUGUCCCCUGAAACUAUCUUUUUGCAGUGACAGUUUGUUUUAGUAAUAUGAACCUAAAAUAAAAACAUUUUAUGGAUUGUGAUCCUUCUUAAGCUGUGACAUAUUUGGGGAAAGAUUGUGGGGUGUGAAAAAGAUGAUUUUAAAACUAUCGCCUGCUUAUACGCAAAUUCUCAACUGGAAGCAUAAGAGAGUGUCUAAUAGUAAUGCAGUAGUUGGAUUGAAUCUUUCCUAUUGAUCAACAAAUGGAUAUGAAAUUCUCCAGAGUAGAGCUUUGAUUUCAUGACAUGAUGCCAUGUUACUGUAGCGUACACAUGGUUGAGAUGUUAACAUCUUAUUGGCUCAGUGCUGUUGUUGGGUGUGCUCUAGCUACGUACAGAAAAGGGCUGUCAUUUUUGGACAGCUGUAUAAAAUUAUGCUAGGUCUACAGCACUGUUGGACUUUUCAUACCGUACUUUGAGAAAAGGCAGUUGUAGCUUAUUCACAUGAACCAUUGUCAAUAAAGAGAACACAAAGACCA